AUGUCGCUCGAAGCUGCCGCACGCGCGUGGCUCUCUUGGCUCUCGGCACUCACUCUCGGCCAGAUCUGGGCCGCACUGUGCAAUCCCCCCGACACGCCGUGGAAGACUGCACUGGUUGUAGGCGCCUUUAUCUGGACGGCGCCAGAGUAUUACGGCAAGUUCAAGGCUUGGCGUCGCGGUCGCAAGCGCGUCAAGUUUGUCUACCCCAUGCCCAAAGAAGCUGCUUCGACCUGGCACGGCGAGGUGAUUCCCAAUCCAGACCUCUUUGCGCACACCCGCAACCCCGCUCUCCUCCCCUCCAACGCGAGCGGGGAGUACAUCACUUGCUACGACCCCUCCUCCGGCGAACACAUUGAGACGCGCCGCCUUCCCAGUGCCGACGACAUUGCCCGGCAGGUGGCACGUGCGGACGCUGCACAGCCGAAAUGGGCGCGCACGACAUUUGCGCAGCGCGCCUCGGUGCUACGGAGCAUCAAGGCAUGGAUCCUUCGCGACAUGGACUCGAUUGUGGCCGUCGCAUGCCGUGAUACGGGCAAGACCCGCGUGGAUGCUGUCUUUGGCGAGAUCCUCACGACACUGGCCAAGAUCGACUGGCUCGUCAAGAACGGCGAGAAGGUGCUCAAGCCGGAACGCCGUGCGCUGUCGCUCCUGCUCGCCCACAAGAUCUCCGAGGUCCACUACGAACCCCUCGGUACUGUCCUGGCCUGUGUGUCGUGGAACUACUCGUUCCACAACGCGCUCUCGCCAAUCCUGGCCGCGCUCAUGGCCGGCGACGCCAUCGUCGUCAAGUGCUCGGAGCAGGUCGCGUGGAGCUCGGACUGGUUCCUUGGCGGCGUCAAGGCCUGUCUCCGCGCAUGCGGACAUAAUGCCGACAUUGUCCAGCUCGCCGUCUGCCUCCCGUCUGUCGCGGAGACGCUCACCACCAACCCGACCAUCAAGCACGUGACUUUCAUCGGCUCGGAGCCCGUCGGCCGCAAAGUCGCUGCCGCGGCGGCCUCCAUUCUCGCCGGGACGACGAUCGAGCUGGGUGGCAAGGACCCGGCCUUCAUCCUUCCGUCGGCAGACAUGAAGUUCUUCGCCUCGACAUGGAUGCGCGGUGCGUUCCAGAGCGCCGGCCAGAACUGUAUCGGCGUCGAACUGUUCCUCGUCCCCCGUGUGAGGCAGGAAGAGUUCAUCGACCUCCUCCUCCCGCGCGUCAAGGCUCUUCGGGUGGGAACUGAUGUCGGCGCGUUAAUCUCGCACGCGCCGAUCGCGCGCCUCGAGCGACUGGUCAAGGACGCAGAGGCUAGCGGCGCCCGCAUCCUCGCCGGUGGAGCGCAGUACAUCCAUCCCGACAAGACUCAGGGUGCGUACUUUGCCCCGACGCUGGUUGCCGAUGUGUCUCUCGACAUGGAAAUUGCGCGCGAAGAGCUCUUUGCCCCAGUCAUGACGGUUGUGCCGUACGAUGACAUUGAUGAGGCGCUGGCCAAGCUCCGUGCGGGCCGCUUCGGCCUCGGCGGGAGCGUGUACGGCGCCAGCCGUAAGGAGUGCAUGCACGUUGCGCAGUCGCUCCAGUGCGGCAUGGUAUCGCUCAACGACUUCGGCGUCUUCUACCUCAACCAGGACAUGCCGUUUGGCGGCGUCAAAGCAAGCGGGUACGGUCGUUUUGCUGGCCCAGAGGGCCUCCGCGGCCUAUGUUACCCCAAGGCCGUGAUCGAGGACCGCUUCUUCUCGCUCAUCCGCACGUCUAUCCCUGCGCCGGUCGACUUCCCCCUCCCGGCUGGGGACAAGCCGUGGAUCUUCCUCCGCGGCCUCGUGUUCUUUGCGUACGGCGCUGGCGUGGCCCGUGUCAAGGGCCUGCUCGACGUGAUCCGCAUGGCGGUGGCGUAG